AUGGCAGCAGAAGAAAGCAAGAUGGACUAUCGAGACGUCAAGUUUGACUUUACGGUUCCCAGUUUUGAUACAUACGAUAUUGAAGAUAUCGAAGACAUUGAAGAUGUGCAAGAUUUUCCGGACUUUGCGGCUCCCACAACGGCAGUGUUGGACUUGCCCGAGAUUCCCGACAUUCCCGACGUGACGGCCGAUUUCGACUAUGAUUAUGGCGGUGUCCCCAAUUUCACCGUGCCAGACACAACUACUGCGAAGCACCCCUCGACGGACAGCUCUUCCAAACAAAACAAGUCUUCCAAGAAGAAAAAGAAAGAAAAGAAGAAAAAGGACGACGACUACGAACAUGUCGUGAAUGAUCCAUGGCAACUGACAGCCGACAACGCCGUAGUCUCGGAAGAAGAAGAAGGAGGAGAAGAAGAAAAGAAAUCUGCCAGCAAUACAACCUCCAACAAAAAGGACAAGAAAAAGAACAAAUCAUCCAAAACAACAACAUACGCCAUCGAACAGGAGGACACCUUUGAUCCUGUGGGAAUCACAGCAGCAGCAAACAACAAGUUGGACAUGUCUUCGGCACCACUCAAACUCUCCCUCGAUGGAGAAGACGAAGAAGAUGACGAAGAAUACAAACAAAAAGCCAAGGCACUGUUGGAAGAACACUUGAAACAACCACUGGAAGACAUUGAGUCGUUUCCUCGAAAGGGAAAGAAUCCUAAAAAACCAAAACGAGAUCAAGAAGACAUUCCCAAAACACUCGUGACGGGAGGCACCAAAACACAACGACAACUAUCCAUUCGUCAAUUGGCAACAGCAGAAUCAACCGAACAACCACCACCACAAACAACAACAGAACCACCACAACCAACAACUACUCGUCCACCAGCUAUUACAACAACAACAACAUCCGCCAACAACAACAAAAACCCCGCUCGUCCCUUGAUUGUUCAAGAAGGAGGAGCCGAUAUUGCCUCACUCCUCUUUGAAGGGGCCGCCAGUAUGGAAGAACGGCAAGUCGAAAUUGCCUUGGAAGAACUCAGUCAAGCAUUCUUGUCGUCCCAUACCAAAUGCACCGAAGCCAUUGAUCUGGGAGGCCAUGGCAUUGUCGUUGUGACCAUGCGCAAAUGGGGAUACAACAAAAAGAUUCAACAAUUGGGAUGCGAGUGUCUGCACAAUAUCGUCUUCAAUUACAAACAACAUCCCAUGCAAUUGGAUUUGUUUGAUGCCUUGGCCGUCAUGGGGGCACUUGAAACGGUGAUUGAGGGUAUGGAUCAAUUCCCCGAAUCCUUGGGCGUCCAACGAUUUGGAUUGGCGGCAUUGGGGAAUUUGCUCGUGGGGAAAAAGACCAGUACACGUUUGCAGGCACGGACGCACAAGGCCGUUCAAGAAUUAGAUGCCAUUACGACGGUAGUGGGUGGAAUGCGACGAUUCCCCAACAAUGUCAUGGUACAGGGAUGUGGAUGCAUUGUGCUGGCGGCAUUCCUCAAGGCCAAUCCCGGUGAUUACAAGAGUAAAAUUGUCGAGGCAGGUGCCGUGCUCGAUGUGGCGGCUGCCGUCACGAAUCAUCCCGCGAAUGCGCUCAUUGAAAAGGAGGCUUCGGCAUUUAUGAAAGUGUACUUUGGGUGGCAGCAGCAGCUGACAGCAGCAUCAUCCGCAGCAUCCACCGUGAAUGGGGUAUGA